ACAUGUGCAGCUAGGCUUAUUUUCUUACCAAAAUCCAAGACUUUAGCUGGCGCUGUCUCUCCAUUCCAAGGCAUAUCAUAGAUGUUCCCGACUGCUGACUGAAGCUUCUUUCCAAGGGCCAUUAACUUUAACUCGGCACCACACUUUCCCACUUCUAUUACAUCCCAUUGUGGUGGAUCUUCAAUCCAUUGUAAGAGUAACCAUGUUGUGGUAGACGAUGCCAUUCUCUCGGAUCCACUUGAUUUCCCACUGGGCACUGUAUUAUCACACUUUUCAAAAGAUUCUUUAGAAUAUUUGUAAUGCGCGCUUUUACCUUCCUGAGCUAUUGACACACGUGGUGGUCAAACCAGUUAUAACCGGAUAUAGCCAGCAGCGGUUCUUAGUCCUGAUUGGUGCUUAUUUACAAUAACAGUGUAUAAAGUGUCUAGUAUUGUUAUAGAAAAUACAAAUAUCUAUGAGGGACAUUAUUUUAAUGUUAUAAGCUAUCUUGAUUUGUCAAACUCAAUCAGUAUUCGAGUUAUUUAUUUUCUGCAUUUCCGGUCCUGCAUUCCAAGAUGGCAGCCGCUAUCCCAUGUCCCACGCUACACUGAGGAGUAUCUAAUCAAUAAGUACUGCGAAGAAAUAACCAGUUUGAAGUUCAUAUAGUGAUAAUCAGAAGAGGAAAUGAGCAAAAGGAAAAGGUACCACUCUAGUUUUGAGUCUUUAGAUUUCGCUAAAAUGUCAGGAAAUGCCGAUGAAUGUGGCCAUGAUGGACGCGGUGGUGAUUGUAUUAGUAAUCAUGGUGCAUCAUCAUCUCUUUCUAAUGAAAGUAGUAAGUCAUCAUUGUUCACGGACACAAGUUUUUCGUCUGACUGCAAUGACGGUAUAAGCGAAAGGACUGGCUCAGUGGUAUCAUCGCAAACAUCUCUGACAUCAAACGACAGUGAGUACUCUUUUGGACAGGAUGAUGAACUUCUAGGCUUACCCCAACACGACCGUGUCCGUGAUGUGGAAAAUAAAGUCAAAGAUGGAGAUGAAGUUGUUCCCAAAAAUAAUGAAGUGUUAAGAGGUGAAGAGGGCAAUGGAUCGACAGACGGUGAAAGUCAAAGUGAAGUGUCUCUCUCUUCUACCAGUCAUUCGACCCCUGAGAAUCUUGAAAAUGGUGAACUCGAUCAAUAUGAAAGAUAUAAUGAUGAAGAACUGGCUGAGAGACUUAAUGAUUUGGUGAGUACAAAAAUGUAAAAUGAGUUGAGGACUUCCGAUUGGGUCGUCCCGGUCUAUGGAUUGAAAUUUGUGAGUGACAUAAUUAAGGAUAUUUCAUUGUAGGAAUUAAACUAAUGAUUUGUCAAGACUCGGCUGGUGGUGAUUUGGGCCAAUUAACAAUUUAUUUCCUCUUCUGCAGUAGUGGUGAACCAGUUGUAUAAUGAUAAUAUCACGCUGCAUGAUUUGACCCCUUCACAAAUUUUAAGUCAAAUCUUGAAGGAAUUAUGGUAGACAGACUGAAUGGCCAAAAAACAAUAUGUACAUACAGAUUUGCUCACACCGUAUAUUAUUUUAUAUCUUCAGGAUCAGAACCUCUAUGAUGGGUGCCAAAUAACAAGGCGAGAGAGUAUUCUACUCAUAAUGGGACACAUCAUAAGGAAUCAUGUGAGUGGAACAGCUCUGCAGAGCCUACUGACAGUCUUGGAGGCACAUUUACCAGCUGGAACUGUAUUCCCUGCUUCCCAAUAUCUUUUUAUGAAGAACUUUAAAAACAGUGACAUCACUCUAAGAUUUCACUCAUACUGCCCUUCUUGUAUAACCUACAUUGGAAGUAAUGAUAUGUGGUGUGAAAAUUGUGACACAAAUGUGUCUGUAAGUGACUGCAUAGAUAAUGGCAAUUAUUUUAUAACAUUUGAUGUUAAAGAUCAAUUGUUAUCUAUGCUACAGAAUGAAGAUAUUUGUAAACACCUACAAAUUGGGGCAAAAAGGGGACUUUGUGAUUCCUAUGGAGGUCGAUUAUAUCGUAAACUCCCUCUCGAGAAUGAUGACAUUACUGUUUCAUUCAACACAGAUGGCGUUCAAGUAUUUGUUUCAUCAAGGUAUUCAAUAUGGCCAUUGCAGGUAAUAGUUAAUGAGUUACUUUAUGCUAUAAGAAGGAAAAACAUUUUUCUUGGUGGCUUAUGGUUUGGUGACUCUAAACCUGACAUGAAUACCUUCCUCAAACCUUUUGUCACUGAAAUGAAUACACUAUCAGAUACUGGCUUUAAGUGGGGUACAGAAAAUGACAGCCACACCAGUAGGGUGUUUGUAACAACAUGCUCUUGUGACUCAGUAGCUCGCUGUCUUGUACAAAAUGUGACACAGUUCAAUGGUUGGUGUGGGUGUAAUUGGUGUUUGUCACAAGGUGAAGUAGUUUCAGUUGGUAGAGGGCAUGCAAGGGUUUAUAGUAUGGAGAACCAACUACCAGUUAAGAGGAAUAAAACUUCUCACAUAGAACAUGCGAGAACAGCUGUUCAGCAGGACAAACCUUGUAUGGGUGUCAAAGGUCCAUCAAUCUUGUUUCUUUUAAUGUAUUUUGACAUUGUAAACAAUUUUGUUGUUGACUAUAUGCACUCUGUAUGUUUGGGUGUUGCACGCCAGGUAGCAGGUCUAUGGCUUGACAGUUCAAAUCAUGCCAAAAAUUUCUACAUUGGUAACUCCAUAAAACACCUUAGUGACCGCCUUCAAUGUAUAAGACCACCAAAGGAAAUCACACGUAUUCCUGGUGCCUUGCAACACAGAAAAAGUUGGAAAGCUAGUGAAUGGAGAGCAUGGCUUCUCCAUUAUUCCUGUGUUGUGACAGUUGGGUUCCUAGGUAAACAAUACCAUGAUCAUUGGAUGACACUUGUAACAGCUAUGCAUUUGUUGCUUGCAGACAAACUAGAUGAUGAAUCUUUUCACCUAUGUGAAUCAUUACUCAUAGAUUUUGUAGUUAAAUUUCAACAGCUUUAUGGAAAAGAGUGUAUGACUUACAAUGUCCAUCAGUUGCUCCAUGUAAUGGAUUGUGUGAAAAACUGGGGACAGCUCUGGGUGUAUUCAACUUUUCCUUUUGAGAGCAUGAAUGGAAAGCUCACAAAAAUGUUUCAUGGCACAACUUGUGUGCAUAAGCAGAUAUCAGAAAAGUUUAUGUUGAUUAAGUCAUUACCAUCAUUAUCAAUUGGGGCCUUUACCAAUAGCCCUAACCUUUUAAGCUUUUUCCAAAAAAAUGUGUAUGGUUUUGCUAAGGGUAUUAAAGAGGCAUAUAAUGAGACUGUAUGUAUUUUAGGCCUGCCUGUCAGACUUGCCCUCAACUUUGAACAGCUAUGUUCAUUGAAUAAUAUUGGUGUAACAUUAAAAGAUAGAACUGUCCAGGCAUACCCACGAUUAGUUCUUCAGAAUGGUUUAUAUUUCGUAUCUGAACAGUUAAAGCAUAAGAAACAAGAAAGAAAUAAUUCCUGCUUUCACUUAAGAGAUGGUCGGAUUGGGACCCUGCAGUUAGUGGUUGCAGUGUGUAAAAAUGAAUGUGAAGAUGAUAUAUGUAACUGUAAAAAAGAAUUGUACUGUAUAUUUCGACGUUUAACAUCUACUCGAAUAAUGUUUCAGUUAAAUACAGGUAUAUAUAAAGUUAAGGGGCAUCAAAUUAGAGAGGUUGAACUCACUAAUGAAUUGAUAGCAUGUAAUUUAUCUGAUAUAGCAAAUAAGUAUAUUUACAUGAAAAUACAAAGAAAGACGUUUGUUUCACUUCUUCCAAAUGCCAUUGAGCUUGACUGAAAAUUAAUGUAUAGCGUAUAUCAGCGUUUAUUUUGGAAGUACAUUUAUUAAAUUGUCUUAAACUGUAAUUUACAUUUGGAUCAAUUGAGUUGUUGAUCAGAAGUGUUAUUAUGUGAGAUA